AUGACUUCUAUGGAGAACAGAUCUGAAGUGAAUGAGUUCAGACUCAUAGGAUUAACAGAUGCCCCAGAGCUUCAGGUUCUUCUCUUCAUCAUGUUCACCUUCAUCUACCUCAUCACCCUUGUAGGGAAUCUGGGGAUAGUAGCUCUGAUCUCCUGGGAUUCCCACCUCCACACCCCCAUGUACUUUUUCCUCAGUAACCUCUCUCUGGUGGAUUUUGGCUACUCUUCAAGUAUUACUCCCAAGGUGAUGGCUGGACUGCUCACAGGCAAAAAAAUCAUUUCUUACAAUGGAUGUGCUACACAGUUGUUCUUUGUUGUGGCCUUUGCUAAUACUGAAAGUUUUCUCUUAGCCUCCAUGGCUUAUGAUCGUCAUGCAGCUGUGUGUAAGCCCUUACAUUACACCACUACCAUGACUUCAACAGUAUGUUCAUUUCUCACCAGUGGGUCUCAAGUCUGUGGUUUUCUAACCUCCUCCAUACUCACAGGAAACACAUUUAGCCUUUCCUUCUGUAAAUCCAAUGUGGUCCAUCAUUUCUUCUGUGACAUUCUUCCUCUCCUAGUUCUCUCAUGCUCUGAUAUUCAACUGAUUCAGUCAGUCAUCUUUAUCAUAGUGUUACUCAAUGGCUUUUUCCCAUUUCUUGUUAUCUUUACCUCUUACAUGUUAAUCUUCAUCACCAUUCUGAACAUCCGUUCUGCUGAAGGCCGCCAGAAAGCCUUCUCCACCUGUGUUUCGCAUCUCAUAGUAGUGUCCAUAUUUUAUGGGACAAUCAUCUUCAUGUACUUCCAACCCACUUCAAGACAUUCAGUGGACUCAGACAAAAUGGUGUCAGUGUUCUACACCAUGAUCAUCCCCAUGUUGAACCCUCUGGUCUACAGUCUGAGGAACAAAGAUGUCAUGAAUGCUUUCAGGAAAGCUGUAAAGGGACAACGACUUCAACUGGAUCAUUUUUUUUCUUAG